AGCCCAACCUGUUACCUGUCUUCUUCGUCAGUCUCAUCGUCUUCUCUAAGCAAAAUAAUGUUGCCAGCUUACGACUAGUGUUUCGUCUGUAUUUCUUUCUCUCUUGGCCCAAGUCCUAAUCAUUCACACUUCUACUACUAAACUUCACUCUCUUGUCUCUCUUCCUCUAAUCCUCUUUCCUCAUCUUUGCGCCCCUCACCUCAAAGUUGAUUCAUUAAACUCUCUAUCUCAGCCUUCCAUGGAGCUCUGGUUCGUCAUCGUCAUCGCCCUCUGCCUCGCCGCCCUCAUCAAGCCCCUCCUCGGCCUCCUCUCCUCUGCCUCAUCCGCCGGCCCCAAGCUUCCCCCCGGUCCCCUCGCCUUUCCCAUCAUCGGAAAAUUCCUAUGGCUCCACAAGUCCUUCGCCGAACUCGAGCCCAUCCUCCGCUCCCUCCACUCCAAGCACGGCCCAAUGGUCACCCUCCCCAUCGGCCCCCACCCCACUGUCUUCGUCUCUUCCCGCACCCUCGCCCACCAAGCCCUCGUCCAGAACGGCGUCGCCUUCGCUGAUCGCCCCCCUGCCCUGCUCACCAGCAAGAUCGUGAGCUGCGACCAGCACAACAUCACAUCCGCCUUCUACGGCCCCACGUGGCGGGUCCUCCGCCGCAACCUGACCUCUGAGAUCCUACACCCGGCCCGUGUCAGGUCCUAUUCCCGAGCACGCAGUUGGGUCCUGGACAUCCUGCUGGACCGGCUCAGAGCUGCCGGCCCCAAGACGGCGGUGCGGACCGUGGACCACCUCCAGUACGCGAUAUUCUGCCUCCUGGUUUUGAUGUGCUUCGGGGACCGCCUCGAGGAGAGGCAGAUCAGGGAGGUGGAGGCGGUGCAGAGAGGACUGCUCCUGAGCAUAAGGCGGUUCACUGUUCUCAAUUUCUGGCCGAGGGUUGGGAAGAUUCUGCUCCGGCGACGGUGGGAGGAGUUCCAUCAGCUCCGCCGCAACCAGAAGAAUGUCCUCCUCCCCCUCAUCAGGGCUCGUUCUGGGGCCAGGGGCAAGUUCAGGGCAGAUAACAUCGACGGGGAUAAGGACCACGCCGAGCAUGUCGUGUCCUAUGUUGACACUUUACUGAACCUAGAACUGCCACCCAAGGAUGGGAAGCGGAAGCUCACCGAGGCCGAAAUAGUGAGCCUCUGCUCGGAGUUCCUCAUCAGUGGGACUGACACCACAUCCACUACCCUGCAGUGGAUCAUGGCCAACAUCGUCAAGUACCCUGAAGUUCAGGAGACCCUGUAUAGCGAGAUCAGGGCCGUGGUUGGCAUUGAGGCAGCAACCGUGGAAGAGCAAGAUCUCCAGAGGAUGCCAUACUUGAAGGCGAUGGUGCUAGAGGGGUUGAGGCGACACCCGCCUGUUCACUUUGUGCUACCCCAUUCGGUGACAGAAGACAUCGAGCUCGGCGGUUACCUGGUCCCAAAGAAGGGAUCGGUGAACUUCAUGGUGGCAGAGAUGGGGUGGGAUCCGACCAUGUGGGAGGACCCUAUGGCCUUCAAGCCUGAGAGGUUCUUGAGCAACAACUACGGAAACGGCGGAGGGGCCGAGGGUUUUGAUAUAACUGGCAGUAGGGAGAUUAAGAUGAUGCCGUUCGGGGUGGGUAGAAGGAUUUGUCCUGGGUUCGCCUUGGCUCUGCUGCACUUGGAGUACUUCGUGGCGAACUUGGUGUGGGCAUUCGAGUGGAGGGCCAUAGAGGGGGACAACGUCGACUUGUCGGAGAAGCAGGAGUUCACCAUAGUUAUGAAGAAUCCAUUGCAUGCCAUUGUCUGUCCCAGGUUGAAGUGAAGUGAAUGAAAUGCAUAUCUAUGAGCAACUCUAUUUCGAUCUUUGUAGUUAUAUAACAAUGAUUGGUUUUAAUUUUUAAUGUAUGAGCAUGUAUAUAUUUAUAGGUAAAUGUAGUUGAUCUUUCUUAGUUUUACUUUUCCUUUUGACAUCAGUGGAAAAAAAAAAGAUAUGAAUCUUUAAUUUAUGGUUGAAA